UUCUCUUCAUUAUUUCGUGUCAUGAUGGACUUUUAGGCCAGAGACUGUUUUAAAAACGUGAUUACGAUAUAUUGUUUAAGAUAAUUAUCUUUGACUUUGCUAAAAGUAGUUGAACUGUGAUUAACAGGAAGCCAAUUUGGUGGAUUAAUCAAACCGGAAAUGGCUGAUUCCUAUCUAUAAUGUAGUUUUACUCGAUGCAGCCACUGAUAUUACCGGUAUGUCAUGUUAUUUCUCUUCAUGUUGAAACGUUUGAAAGGAAUUUUCUCUUUAAUAUUGGACUCGCACGGCGUGCUUUCCUGUUGACUUGAACGAGGCAGAGUUCACGUUCACCUGACUGAAGCUGUGUGCGUGUGUAUACAUGUGUGUGUGUGUGUGUGUGUGUGCGUGCGUGCGUGCGUGAGUGUGUGCGUGCGUAAGUGUGUGUGUGUGUCAUUUGACCACACAAUGAGGCAAGCAAAUACACUUUCCUCUGCAAACUGACAGUGUGCACAACAUUCCAAUGGAUUAUUAACUCCUGACACAUCUUUAACUGGACUGAUUCUACUGCAGCCAUGGUGCAGGAAUUCCAGAGUCCUAUUCGGGUCUACAAGCAUCCAUUUGAGUUGAUAAUGGCGGCUUACGAGAAGCGGUUCCCAACAUGUCCCAUGGUCCCAGUGUUUGUGGACAGCGAGGUCCUCAGUGAGAGCCAGAGUCACGACGGAGCCACUCGGGUGACUGAACGGCGCUGCACGAUCGACAUCGACGCACCACGACUCCUCAAACGGAUUGCGGGUGUGGACUACUUGUAUUUCAUCCAAAAGAACACCUUGAACCGCAGAGACCGGACGCUCCAAAUUGAAAUCCACAACGAAACCUUUUCCAACAGGGUCAUUGCCCGUGAGUGCUGCAAAUACACGGUUCAUCCCGAGAAAGAAGACUGGACCUGCUUUGAACAGACCGCCAGUCUGGAUGUCACCUCCUUUUUUGGUUUUGAAAGCAUGGCAGAGAAGAUAGCGAUGAAACAAUAUUCUAAUAGUAUAGAAAAGGGGAAAGAAAUCAUCCAGUUCCACCUGACGGAGCUGGCGAAAGAGGGGAUAACGCAUGUGCCUCGGUGGGGUUUGCCCGCCUCUACGCAAACCGUGCCUGGAAACCAUUCCAGAGACUCGCUCAGUGAUGAGGACCGCACAAAAGUGACUCCCUCUCCUGAUGACAAAUUGGAUGCUGACUACAUCAGACGUUACCUUGGUGAUUUAAUGCCUCUGCAGGAAAGCUGUCUCAUUCGACUGCGGCAGUGGCUCCAGGAAACCCACAAGGGCAAGAUUCCAAAGGAUCAACAUGUGCUGCGCUUUCUGGCUGCCAACGACUUCAACUUAGACAAAGCUCGUGAGCUCCUGUGCCAGUCUCUCACAUGGAGGAAGCAGCACCAGGUGGACUUCCUCUUGGACUCCUGGCAGCGCCCUCAGCUUCUCCAGGACUACUACAGUGGAGACUGGCACCACCACGACAAAGAUGGUCGGCCGCUUUACAUCCUGCGUUUGGGUCAGAUGGACACGAAAGGUUUGAUGCGAGCCUUGACAGAGGAGGUGCUGCUUAGACAGGUGGUCGCCAUCAACGAGGAGGGACUGAGGCGCUGUGAGGAAAACACUGCGGCCUUCGGUCGACCAAUCAGUUCCUGGACCUGCCUGGUGGACCUGGAGGGUCUUAACAUGCGUCACCUGUGGAGACCCGGACUGAAGGCUCUGCUGAGAAUCAUCGAAGCAGUGGAGGCCAACUACCCGGAGACUCUAGGCCGCUUGCUUAUGCUGAGGGCACCAAGAGUGUUUCCUGUGCUAUGGACACUGGUCAGCCCUCUGAUCAACGAAAACACUCGUAAGAAGUUCCUCGUCUACGCUGCCAACGACUACUGGGGACCAGGAGGUUUGGUGGAUUACGUCGACCGGAAGUUCAUCCCGGACUUCUUGGGAGGGGACUGUGUGUGUGACAUCUCUGAGGGAGGCACGGUGCCCAAGUCUCUGUACAGGACAACAGAGGAGCUGGACAGUGAAGACAGCCAGCUGCUGACAGACCUCCUAUACAAGAGUGCCAGUAUCUUCAAGGGAGCUCCACAUGAGAUUUUCAUUGAGAUCAUAGAAGACUCCUCCAUCAUCACCUGGGACUUUGACGUGAUUAAAGGGGACGUGCUCUUCAACAUCUACCACUCCAAAAGGGCCCCGAAGAGAGACACGGCCAACGGGUUCCCGUCCAUGGGGACUGUCAGUUCCCCUCUGUUAGACAAGAGCUGGGUGUUGGGCCAGGACUACAGCACGGUGGAGAGCGCCCUCACCUGCACAGAGGGUGAAAGUGUACAGGGCUCCCACGUGGCACGCUGGCCUGGGUACUACAUUCUCCAGUGGCGCUUUCCCAGCUCCCUCAGCCCCUCGUCGUCCAGCCUGCCCUCCGUGGACGACAUGCUGGCUUCGCUGCAGGUCUCUCCCCACAAGUGUAAGAUCAUGUACUACACCGAGGUGCUGGCAUCUCAAGACAUCAGGGGAUCAUUGACCAGUCUGGCGUCCAAUCAUAGCGGUUUCUCCCAGCUCAGUUCUUCCACUACUUUUUCUAUCCAAUCACAGGGCAGCUCCACUGUCUCAAGGAGCGCGCCGGCAGCCCAAGCUUUGUUGUAGGAUUGUCAAACACGCCGGCUUGGACGCAAUCUGAUUACAAAAGUAGUGAAAUGGAACGUUCGAGUGUGUGCUGUGCUUCUGCUGGGUCAAUAAAUGUUAUGCAACAUCAAGGUUAGGACGUGGCGCGGGCAGGAGUGCUCGCACUUUUGUCACUGCUGCAGUCUUUUGAUUGUCCACCAGAUGUCAGUGUGCUCUUUUGCAGGAAAACCCUCAAGCCUGAUUAUUGAAACAGUGCAAACAAGCAGCACUUUUUCACAGGUGUCCCUGUUAAAAGUAGGAUUGUUUAUGAUGUUUUGCAGGUAAAUCUAAAAUAAGUUAUAUAUUUUUAUCACUCAUUUCAGAGAGUGAAACUUUCAUAUUAUAAAGAUUCAUUGCACACUGUUUAAGUUAAAGUUAAAGUACCAAUGAUUGUCACACACACUAGGUGUGGUGAAAUUUGUCCUCUGCAUUUGACCCAUCCCCUUGUUCACCCCCUGGGAGGUGAGGGGAGCAGUGGGCAGCAGCGGUGCCGCGCCCGGGAAUCAUUUUGGUGAUUUAACCCCCAAUUCCCACCUUUGAUGCUGAGUGCCAAGCAGGGAGGUAAUGGGUCCCAUUUUUUUUAUAGUCUUUGGUAUGACUCGGCUUGUCUUGCAAAUUGGAAAAAUAGGGUUAAUACAGAUAAUGAAAACCCCAAAUCCACUGUCUCAUAACAUUAUUUGUUGAAAUAGUAAUAAUUAAAUAUUGUCAUAGCAUAAUCAGCUAAUUAACCUAAAAACACAUGUAAUUAUUAGUGGCAAUUUUUUUCAUUUUGACCUAUAUUGGCAUGCACCUUUUUUAAAUUGUAUUUAAUGUUAUUUAAACUACAACUGUCAUGACCUGAUACCGCAGCUCAUGUCUUGUUUUUCUUUCCUUUAUGAUUUUCCUGUGUUUGAGGUUUAUUUAUUUUUCAGUGCUCCGUUUCUCAUGUACCUCUAGUUGCUAGGGGCGCUGAUUGGACACACCGGUUUGCGUUUGAGAGAGUUUUGGGUUGACAAUAAAAACGUAAGACCUAUUUUUAACACUUUUUAUGAGUGGGCCCUUUUGGAUCCUUGAACAUUUCAGCAGGAUUUCUUAUUUUUUCUCAUUGCUUAAAAAUGAAUAAUGUAUCGAAAUCAUUUAUGAAUCAUUGACCUAUUUAAGGCUCCAAUUACUUCACAUCAAAUAGUCAGCUUUAAAACAUUUUGGGGGCAAAUAUUGCAUAUUUUUGUGUUUUUGCCAUUAAAAACAGGGCAGAAAACAAACAAAGAAAUACACCUUAUAUCGACAGAUCUGGAGUUGAAAUCUCAAAUUAAAACAUUUGUAUAUAUUAUAUGACAUAUUUUUUAUGAGUGAGACACUUGGGUGGGGGGAACCUAAAGGAUAAAAAAAAAUCUACAAAACCCAAAACCAGUGAAGUUGGCACAUUGUGUAAAUCUUAAAUAAAAACAGAAUACAAUGAUUUGCAAAUCCUUUUCAACUUAUAUUCAAUUGAAUAGACUUCAAAGACAAGAUACUUAAAGUUCAAACUAAGAAACUUUAUUUUUUGCAAAUAUUAGCUCAUUUAGAAUUUGAUGCCUGCCACAUGUUUCAAAAAAGCUGGCACAAGUGGCAAAAAAGACUGAGAAAGUUGAGGAAUGCUCAUCAAACACUUAUUUGGAACAUACCGCAGGUGAACAGGCUAAUUGGGAACAGGUGGGUGCCAUGAUUGGGUAUAGUCAUGCACAGCCAGUUAUCUGGAAAAUGUCAAUAAAACAAAAUAAAUAUGGUUCAACCCCCCCCUCACCUCAGAACCCCAUCAUCAUAAACACACAAACAGUUAAAACAGUUGACACUUUUAAAUACCUGAGCGUAACCUUGGACAAUAAACUCACCUUUGAUCAGCACACCACGGACAUUCAAAAAUGAAGUCAACAAAGAAUGUCAGCCAUCCGAAAACUUAAAGGACUAUACGUUGCACCUCAUCUCCUGUUAUUACUUUACCAAAGCAUUGUUCAACCCAUCCUUAUGUACUGUUCCACAUGUUUUUUCACCAUGCUUUCUGUAACCAACCGGACCAAACUCACGCAUUACAAACAUAGCAGCUAAAAUCAUCGGCCUACCCACACCCAACAUUUCAGACUUAAACCACAGGUCCAUCACUCGACUGGCAAAAACAAUAGUCCAGGAUAUCACUCACCCACUACACCAAUACAUCAUCCCACUACCAUCAGGGCGCAGGUACAGAACUAUCAAAUUCCGGAGGGCCCGCCUCAGGAAAAGCCUUAUCCCUGCAGCUAUAGCCCGACCUGUCGAACAAGCCUGUAAAUGUGUGUUGGUCAUGUAGGAUGUCUUUUUGUUAUUUUUUGUGAUGUGUAAUGUCUAUUGUUCAAAUGUACGGCAGUGACAAUGAAUUUCCCCAACGGGACCAAUAAAUCUAAAUCUAAUCUAAUCUAAAAGCAGCUUCCAUGAAAUGCUCAGUCAUUCACAAACAAGGAUGGGGCGAGGGUAAACACUUUGUGAACAAAUGCGUGAGCAAAUUGUCCAACAGUUUAAGAACAACAUUUCUCAACCAGCUAUUGCAAGGCAUUUAGGGAUUUUACCAUCCAUGGUCCGUAAUAUCAUCAAAAGGUUCAGAGAAUCUGGAGAAAUAACUGCAGGUAAGACUUUCGAUCCCCCAAGCGGUAUUAGAUCAAAAAGCGAUAUUAGUGUGUAAAGGAUAUCACCACCUGUGCUCAGGAAAACAUCAGAAAACCACUGUCAGUAACUACAGUUUGUCACUACAUCUGUAAGUGCACGUUAAAACUCUAAGUGGAAGCCAUUUAUCAACAACACCCAGAAACGCUGCCAGCUUUGCUGGGCUUGAGCACAUCUAAGAUGGACUGAUGCAACGUGGAAAAGUGUUCUGGGGUCUGAGGAGUCCACAUUUCAAAUUGUUUUUGGAAACUGGAUGUCGUGUCCUCCGGACCAAAGAGGAGAAGAACCAUCCGGACUGUUCUAGGCGCAAAGUUGAAAAGCCAGCAUCUGUGAUGUUAUGGGGGUGUAUUAGUGCCCAAGGCAUGGGUAACUUUCACACCUGUGAAGGCACCAUUAAUGCUGAAAGGUACAUACAGGUUUUGGAGCAACAUAUGUUGCCAUCCAAGCAACAUUAUCAUGGACGCCCCUGCUUAUUUCAGCAAGACAAUGCCAAGCCACGUGUUACAACUGUGUGACUUCAUAGUAAAAGAGUGCGGGUACUAGACUGGCCUGCCUGUAGUCCAGACCUGUCUCCCAUUGAAAAUGUGUGUCGCAUUAUGAAGCCUAAAAUACCACAACGAAGACCCCGGACUGUUGAACAACUUAAGCUGUACAUCAAGCAAGAAUGGGAAAUAAUUCCACCUGAAAAGCUUAUAAAAUUGGUAUCCUCAGUUCCCAAACCUUUACUGAGUGUUGUUA